UCCAAUAAAAAAGUAAACACUGACGAAGACAGAAAAUUCCAAUAUAACUGUAUAUAAACAGAUUAAUCCGCUUAAAGUGUAUCAUUUCCAAAGGAUAAAGGCGACAAAAUGGACAAAGUCAUAGGAAAGUUGCACCUGGACCUCGUUUUGAUACUAUCGACAUUGGUAACGAUUGUGAACCCCCAGGUUAUGCCAGUACAGACACUUUUUUAUAUUCCACCUUUCCAAGUUGUUGGAGGAACCAUUGAUAAUAAACCCGAAGUUGGGAUUAAAUUCCAACCCAAAGAAUCUGACUUUUCAAUGCAUGGAACAGGAAAUAUAAACGGAGAUUGGAAAGCCAACAUCAAUUUAAAAAAGAACAAUAUAGAUUAUACAGCGUAUGCCAGAAAUGUUGGUUCUGGUGUAGAAGCUGGGGUCGGAAUAAAAGCAAAUAUUGGUGGCGGAUCAAAGAAAGGGAAAGGAGGAAAAAGACGAUCCUGGCUUGGAAGGGUCUUCAGAGGUUAAUAUUUCAGAAGAUGAUUUUGAUUGUAUAUUGUUGAACAUAAUUUAUUCAUUAAUUAUGACAUUUAUAUUAUAAUGUAUUAUUAUUCUGAUUUAUUUAAUAAAAUCUUAAUCUGAAAUGAUUUAUUCAGAUGAUUGUUUGAAUUUUUGAAAAAUAAAU